GGAGGAACCGUCGGCCACUGUGUCAAACCGUCUAAAGCGGCUCCCAGUGAGGAAUGCUAGAUGCUCUAACUGAAUGUGUUGUUCACUGGUCGGUUUUUUGCUUUUACUUGAAACCUAGGACGAACGGACAGGUGAUUUUUACUCCAGCAGCACAGACUACAUCUUGCCUCCCGUGGCAUCAACUUCAUUUACCAGUUCCAGUGCCAUGCACUUCAUGGCAUUGCCAUGUGUAAAGUAACUUAAUCGCCCGUCUUCUGCAUUUUGGCCCGUCCCAUGUCUGAGGACAGUGAUCCAAAGCACUACCCGUACUCAACCCUGGACAGGCCUAAACGGAACCGGGAAAGGGUCGACUUCCAAGUGGAGGAAGAGGAGGGAUCUCCCUGCGGUUCCAUUAGCCAACUUCGCCGCAUGGCCAGCAGUUACAGCGAGGGUUGUGGUGGUCGGGACGGGGUUGAACUGGAACCAGAGUUAGGAUUGGCCUCCGAGGGGAGCGACAGCAGCCAUGAGCACCCGGCCUCGCCGGGCUCCCCGCAUGACGACAGGAAGAGGCCACGCCCACCCUUGCACGAGGACGUAGAGAUGGGUGGCAGUGGCUCAAGUGGGAGCGGAACAGAAUCCCAUGGCAACGAGUCGCAUGGCAAUGAGUCCCAUGGCAAUGAAUCAGUGGGCAGCUCUAAUGGCAAUGGCAAGGAUUCCGCUCUCUUGGAGUCUUCAGGGAGCAACAAGAGCUCAAACUCUCACAGCCCCUCGCCGCCAAGCAGCUCCAAUGCCUUCAGUCUGGUGAGCUCUGAGCAGGACAACCCGUCAACCAGCGGCUGCAGCAGCGAACAGUCUGCCAAAGCUAAGACUCAGAAGGAGCUCUUCAAGACCCUGAAGGAGCUCAAGAUGCACUUGCCGUCAGAAAAAAGGAGCAAGGGCAAGUCCAGCACCGUCAACACGCUCAAAUAUGCGCUACGGUGUGUCAAACAGGUGAAAGCCAAUGAGGAAUACUACCAGAUGCUGAUGAUUAAUGACAGUCAGCCACCAGGGUUUGAUGUAUCGUCCUACACCAUUGAGGAAAUCAACCGCAUUACAUCUGAAUACACCCUCAAAAACACUGAUAUAUUUGCUGUAGCCGUCUCACUCAUCACAGGGAAGAUUGUUUACAUCUCGGACCAGGCGGCAACCAUCUUAAACUGCAAGCGGGAAGUUUUCAACAAUGCCAAGUUUGUGGAGUUCCUAACGCCGCAGGACGUCAGUGUAUUCUACAGCUUCACCACACCCUACCGGCUGCCCUCAUGGAGCAUGUGCACCGGAGCAGAGUCGUCUCCCACGGAGUGCAUGCAGGAGAAAUCCUUUUUUUGCCGCAUCAGUGGUGGUAAGGAACGUGAAGGGGACCUCCAGUACUAUCCUUUCCGUAUGACUCCUUACCUGAUGAAGGUCCAGGAUGCUGAGCUGGCUGAGGAACAGUUCUGCUGCCUCCUGCUGGCUGAAAGGGUGCACUCUGGAUAUGAAGCACCCAGAAUCCCUCCUGACAAACGUAUCUUCACCACCACACACACACCUAACUGUGUUUUCCAGGAUGUGGAUGAGAGGGCUGUUCCUCUGUUGGGUUACCUGCCUCAGGACCUGAUUGGGACCCCUGUAUUACUCAAUUUGCACCCAAGUGACCGACCCCUAAUGCUGGCUGUGCAUCGCAAGAUCUUGCAGUAUGCUGGUCAGCCAUUCGACCACUCCUCGAUCCGUUUCUGUGCAAGAAAUGGCGAGUACAUCACCAUUGACACCAGCUGGUCCAGCUUCGUAAACCCCUGGAGCCGCAAGGUCUCCUUCGUCAUUGGCAGGCACAAAGUCCGCAUGGGUCCUGUGAACGAAGAUGUUUUUGCAGCACCAGCUUUCCACGGAGGGAAGAUCAUGGACUCAGACAUCCAGGAAAUCAGUGAACAGAUCCACAGGCUUCUACUCCAACCGGUCCACAACAUGGGCUCCAGCGGUUAUGGUAGCCAUGGCAGCAAUGGUUCGCAUGAGCAACUUUUGAGCAUUAGCUCAUCCAGCGAGAGCAACGGGAACGUGACACCGGGGGUCACAGCAGAGGAGACGAGUAAGGCCAAGCCUCCCAGGACAUUCCAAGAGAUUUGCAAGGGGGUCCACAUGCAGAAGAACCAGGACUCCCAGGUCUGCCUGCCUUCACCAUUGCCCUCCAAACCUGAGCAGAAGAAGACUACUGACACAGCCACUCAGAAAAGUCCAACUGUGCGUGUGAAGGACUCUGCACCUCCUCUGCAGGUCAGAGACAGUAAUGCAGCCACCAUGGAAGACUUCACCUGCAAAGACCAGACUGUGUGCUCCUACCAGCAGAUCAGCUGCCUCGACAGUGUCAUCAGGUACCUGGAGAGUUGUAACAUCCCCAUCACAGUGAAGAGGAAGUACCAGUUCUCCUCAAACACCACCUCCUCCAACUCAGAUGAUGGCAAGAAGGGCUUAGAGGAUGGCAUGCAUGUGUCUCAGGAUUCAAACACAGAUCCUUUGAUGCUAGACGCCCAGUCAGGCCUGUCAAACAUGAAAGCACUUAAGAAGCCGUCAUCUGGGGCUGCUGCUGUGGUAGGUGGCCCCCUGACACCCCUCACUUUGCCCAGCAAGGCUGAGAGCGUGGUGUCUAUCACCUCACAGUGCACAGCCAGCCAGCCCCAUGAGACAGAGAGCAAGCCUCAAGCAGAGUCUGAGUGAAUAAUUGAGGAUGUGGCAGAGAGCCCAGCGCCUCCAGCUCUGCCCGUCAGCAUGGUGUCUCCACCUAGUCAGGAGAAGGAGGCCUACAAGAGGCUGGGACUGACCAAACAGGUGCUGGCAGCACACACCCAGAAGGAAGAGCAGGCCUUCCUCAACCGCUGCCGAGAGCUCCGCAACGCCAGGAGCUUCCAGAAGGACUGUUCCAAAUAUCUGCACAAGCAGAGAGGUCCGGCCAAUGCUGAAGAAUCAUCUGGACCACGAGGUGUCGCCAAACAGGGCACCACCAGGCCCGAGACUACUGCCAAGAAGGGCAACCGCAACAGGAAGUCCAAGAAGCCACGAAUGAAGCAUCCCGAUUCGUCAGACAGCGCCGUGUCUAACCGCAAACCCCGGCCCCCUCUCCAGGGUCUCAACCAGACCUCGUGGUCCCCGUCAGAAGCCUCACAGUCAGCAUUUAACGUCUCCUACCCUGCCAUGGUGCCUGCAUACCCACUUUACCCCCAAGCACCUGCUGCCCAAGCUCAGGCCACCCGCCUUGACCCCUCCCUUUCCACAGGCUUUGGAGAGGGGCAGAGCACUCAACCGCCGUCCACGGCCACUCCAUUCCCCUCCCCUAUUGUUACACCGGUGGUGGCUCUGGUGCUGCCAAAUUACCUCUUCCCACAAAUAGGACAGUUGGGGCAGAUAGGGCAGAUAGGGCAGCUGGGAGCUGCUCCUAGUCCAGUGUUUUUUCUUGAGCAGACCCAGACGCAACCUGCAUACACUACCCAGCAGCCCUUUCAGCCCCCGCAGCCAGCGUACACCAUGCAAACACAACCCCCCUUCACCAACCAACACCCAUUCCCUGUGCAGACAGCCUUUAACCCCCAGCAACCAUUCCAAGCCACUCAGACCACUUACACGACCCAGCAGCCCUUUGCUGCCCAGCCUUCUUUUCCAGUGCAGUCUCAGUUUGUUGCUCAAGCCCCUUAUCCAGCUCAGCCUUUCCCCUACAACCUAGCACCGGAGCCCCCCAAAGCCCCAGCCGUGGAGCCCCGAGAGGGGGCGGCAUCACGCUCCUCCACCCCAAUCUCUGGGACACGGGAGCCGACAACAUCACCACCGCUGUUUGAGUCGCGGUGCAGCUCUCCACUGCAGCUCAAUCUGCUGAGCAUGGAGGAGGGGCAGCGCUCAGUGGAACGUCAGGACAGCACAUUGCCUUAUGCUGGAGGCCAGGGCAGCGGCACAGGAGCAGCGUCAGGAGGAGCGGGUGGAGUCGGGGAGAAGAAUGGAGGCACAGCCAAGAGCGAAAACCACCAACAGGUGGAGUCUCAAGGAGAUGGGGCUCACAGUGACGGUCACUCCUCAUCCUGCGACCUGCUGGAAAUCCUUCUGCAGGAGCAGGAAGACUCCCACUCUGGCACUGGAUCAGCCACCUCUGGCUCCAUGGGAUCAGGAUCAGGCUCUGGAUCAGGUUCAGGAUCGGGCUCUGGCUGCAACGGCUGUGGUACCUCAGCUAGUGGAGUUUCUGGAAGCAGAACAGGGAGCAGCAACACCAGCAAAUACUUUGGCAGUGUUGACUCCCUGGAACACGACCCCAAGGCGAAGGCCAAAGCUAAGACGAGGGGCAAAGGAGGCUCUGAAGGUGGCCAGUCACAGGCCAAAGUCUCAGCUGAAGGGAAGGGAGAGCAUUUCAUCAAAUACGUUCUCCAGGAGCCUCUGUGGCUGCUGAUGGCCAAUGCUGACGACAAGGUCAUGAUGACAUAUCAAAUGCCAUCCAGGGACAUUCAGAAGGUUCUGCGGGAAGACAAGGAGAGGCUGAGGCAGAUGCAGAAGAGCCAGCCCCACUUCUCCUCAGACCAGCGACGAGAGCUAGUGGAGGAACACCCCUGGAUGAGGAGGGGUGGUCUACCUGCUGCUAUCAAUGUGAAGGAGUGUGUGUACUGCGAGGACGCAGCAGGGGCACCUAUCGAGGAGGACUUGCCAGACAUGGACAUGGGCGAGCUGGGCGAGGAGCUGAGCCAAGAGGGCCAGAACACCCAGAGCCAAUCGGGGGAUUUGCAGCUUCGACCGGACUCUGGCUCCUGAACGCACAGACACUGCCAGCAAGGGACACCCUUUUACUUGACCAGCCAUGGACCCUCAUGAUGCACACACACAUACACACACACACAUUGUGGAUGUGAGACAAACAGUUGUGUGCCUGACUAUCCUCACAAACACACACAUAUACACAACAAGCAGAACUUAUGAGGAUCUAUGCCGUUCAUGUGUUCCUGUGUGUGUGUUGGAUGUAGGACUGCUAUUGGAGUGCAGUUCUCAAUGUGCCCAUACAGGGGGCAGCAGUGCUUCAUGAGCGUUUUUGGAAGCGUUACCAUCUUAUAGUACUUUUGCCAGCUCACACAGGCAUACACUCUAAAAUUAUCCAGCCUGUGUGGUUGGUGACCGUUGACCUCAGAGAUAUUUUUUAUUUAAUUGUUUCCCAUCCUCUUUGUCAAAGGCAGAGCUUUAAAAGCAACAUGACAAGAUAUUAUUCAAAAAAAAAAAAAAAA